CACAUGAACAUGGAGUCCGGCGACAGACAAAGGCAAGACUGGGCUCAGCGACAACCGAGUCCCGUCGAGCGUCUGGCUAACAAGCAAUUCAGACCUGCACUGCCACCCAUCAAAAUGCUCGACAUUGAGAAAAUAAAGCGCGAAGAGGCCGAAUAUCAGGCUCGUGGCACAAACAUGUCCAUGGCGCCUUCUGCUACAGACAACCCGACCAUCGCCUAUCCUUCUGGUCCCCCGCCUCCCUACAGUCGUCCUUCGUAUCCCGAUGCUCGCCUUCCCACAGAGGCCCGUCGUCCCUCAAACGAAGACGCCGCGAAUCAGGCCACCAAGCAGUCGUUGCCAUCGAUCCAUGAGGCUCUCGGCGUAGAGCAACACGCUGCCUACCCUUCCACUACCCAAAGGCCUUACUCGUCCGCUCAUCAGCCUGGAUACUACGCUCCUGUCACAGCGCCUUCACCCGCUUCGCCCGUCCCUGCCAGAAGGUCUUUCGCCGCAAUGNGACCCCCUCCACCACCGCAACCCGCCGUCUUCACCCAUGGCCCUCGCAGUCCCUAUACCCAGCCACACCAGGAGAUCAGUCCUCGUCAGAUGCCCGAGCACCAAGAUCGUCAAAGAUCGGUCUAUGCUACACAACCUAUCGUGUCACACGCUGGCCAGUCCNCCGUGGCCCAUCAACCACAAUAUCCGCGUUCAUAUCCUGCCACUGCUUCCCACGAAAGGACCGCUUCCCACGAAAGGACCGCUUCCCACCCUCUCAGUAUGCCUCCUGUUGCUCCUCCAUCCGCACCUCAGCAUGCUCUUCCUUACGGAUAUGCUCCUGCUCCUGUCCCGGUCCCAGCUCCAGCACCUUAUGCGGCUCAUUAUCCCUACUCUGCACCGGCCCCGCAUUCCGCUGCACCUACUUCUUCCAUUUAUCAGCCAUCAAUUACUCAACCUGCUCCCAUCCAAAAUGGUGAACCUGGAAGAGUUCCUUUUGGCGAUUCAGUGAAACGUCAUCUGGACAUGUGGGACUUUGGCGAAGCCCUGAACGAGAUUGCCGACUCAAGUAGCUAUAUGUUGGACUUUAGCAGACAAUGUGGUGCUCGCCUACACCAGUCUCAGAGAUCAGAUCCUGCUCCCGGCAAUUUACCCCAACUACAAGAAAUUGACCACCUGAUGGAAAAGUCACGUCGUCAACUUGAUUGCUAUGCCAAGAUGCGAGAAUUCAUUAUUGCCCAGCAGACAGCUUAUUUCCAACAAGCUCAAGAACAACAAUCCAGGGCUCAAGAGGGCAUCAAGCGUGAUUCUGUUCACCAGAACGAGGAGGCAAAGGCUGGUGGAUUUGCCGGUGCCGAGGCCAAGAAACGCAGAGGAGUAAGUACACAUCUCUCGAGCCGCAGUAGAAUCACAACUAAUCCAUUUUCAGCGCGCCGCUCCCCUGGCAGAUGUCACAGCUGUAACAGGGCCGAGACGCCCGAAUGGCGCAGAGGUCCAGAUGGUGCUCGCACCUUGUGCAAUGCUUGCGGACUUCACUAUGCCAAGUUGACGAGAAAAGCUGGAAAGAACGCAGCCGCCAUCUCCAGCUCCAAUCUUCGUCCUAAAGCUCCUGAGGAUACGCAAAACUAA